UACGUAGCUUUCAAAAAACAGUGGGCAAAAAAUACCUAGCUGGAUAACCUACUGCUUGUGUCCAGGAUUCUGAAAGGGCUUCUGACUUGGUGCAACCAUGAGUGGGGGAGUGAAUGUGAAGAGUCUUCCACGAGCUCAGCCGGGCUCCGGCAUCCCUCUGCACAGGACUAGACUCCCCUCCCCAAAACCUGAGUCCAAGAGCACCAGCAGUGGCCUUCUGAGACCAUCCACACAUGACCCCAUUAGCAACAGAACCUCCUGUAGCGGCAGCCCUACAGCUGUCUCCUCCAGAGACGUGCUUAGGGACACCACCCUCAGAAAUCAGCAUCUGCUACUAAGAGGCAGUCCACCUAGUCAACGUGCUUCCACUAGUCCUCAAAAACAGACCCAAGACUCUAGAUCAGCCCACAGCAGUCCACAAGUUCGACGGAAAGAGUCCCCAUUUUCGAGGGGUACUAUGGAUGGGUCCAAGACCGAGAGUUUGCUUGACCUUCGGUACAAUGGCAACAAGAACUUCCAGAGUGGAACCUUUCGUUCUCAGAUAGGACGAAUGGACAACGAUAACAGUUUGAUCUCAGAAGAACUCAAAUGCCACGAGGAGAGCGUUGCUUCUGGAAGCAGUCAAAACAAGACGGGAAUCCCUUCAUUCAGAUUUAGUAACAAAAACUUGAGGCCUGGUCCAGCGACCACUAAUGUAGAUAUGGGUCUCCUCAGAGUCCGUAGAGAGAGAGUGUCCCUGCAGAUCAGUGCCUCCAGUAGUUUUUCAGAUGAGGAGAUGUGCACUCCAGAUGACCUCAGUCCCGAGGUCCCACAGAAGCCACCCGCCGAGACUACUGCAGUCCCGAAACAGGAAACUUCUAGUGUUGAGAUGCUCAAAGCCAAACAGUUACCAAAGGUCAACAUGGCUGCUGUGGCACCUUUCAGAUACAGAAUGCAGAUUCAGGAAGACAUAUCUCUGGAUGACUUCAGCGACUGUUCCUCUGACUCGAUAGAAGUCUGGUGUGAUGACCUCAAUACUGGAGGAAUGCUUGGGGGUAGCCCAAGAGGACAAGGAGUAGAUCUCGAGACUGAAGCUGACAAAACGUCCAAAGCCAAGACCCACCAGGGCCAGGCGGGAGCCAACGGAGUUGGGGGCAUGGCUGCGAAAAGGGGCAAGUCAGGGCUCCCACAGGCUACUCCUCGGGCUGAGCUAAAGGUCUACCGAGCGGGAAACUCAGAGGGUCGUCUUCCAGUGCCUAGUAACCUGCGCAAGCAAAAGUCAUUGACCAAUUUAUGUGUGCUUACGGACGCCGAGAAGAAGAUGCACCUGUACCAGCCCAAGUGGUCGGAUGACAUCGAAAAGCCAGGGGCAGGUCAGAACAAGUCCGGCAAGCUCAAAGAUGCCGGAGUGGGUACAGGCAAGAGUAUCCCACUUUCCAAGAACCUUUCCAAGUCAGAGCAUUCACUGUUUCAGGGAAAGCCAAAACCCUUUAACCCACCUUCCAAACUGGGCAAACCCAGUCGGAUACCAAAGGGUCCUUACGCUGAGGUCAAACCCAUCAGCAAGGCUCAAGAGCUGGCAGAUGACGGCAAGUCAGAUGAUGAGAUCUUGUCCAGCAAGGCUAAAGCUAAUGGCAAGAAAACUUUAAGUGGCACCUCUGGGGCAGCCACCCCAGGAGGGGGCGGAGGGGGCAAAGAUGCACCAGAACCAGAGGAAGGGGACAAGACCUUCCUAAAGGUGGACCCUGAACUGGUUGUAACGGUACUUGGGGACCUGGAGCAGCUUCUCUUCAGUCAGAUGUUGGAGACUUCAAACAGUCAAAACAUGUUAUCGGAGAAGCACUAACUGUUUUGAUCCUGAGUCCCAGAGGAAACGUACCGUUCAGAAUGUCCUCGACCUCCGGCAGA